GUGUACGUAAAUAGUCUUGAAACCACUUUAAUUGAUGUGGCUGAUAUUUUGGCAAGGAUUGCUGCUGUAGAAGAUGGUCUUUCUAUUCUUCUUUAUGGAGAAAAUGAAAAAGCUGCCAAAGAUGAUAGCCCCACAGCUGUUCAUGUAAUUGUUCAGUUUACAAAGAAACUUCUUCAAGAUGACAUUUCUCUUCUAUCUGGAUCCGAACUUCAGCCAGUUGUUAAAGGAGCUUUCAUUUCUGUAUGUCGUCAGAUGUACAAAACUUGUGAAGGCCUGCAGAUGCUAAUUCCUUAUGAUUUGCAUGAAUCUAUAGCAGAGGCCUGGAAAAAGACGAGUUUGCUUUCAGAAAGAGCACCCACUCCUGUAACGGGUGCAGAUUCGACCUCAGCAGUAAGUCUAGAGUCAAAAAACAUUUUGCUAUGGGAAGAGACUUUGUUAGACGCUUUGCUAAAUUUUUCCAUCACACCCAAAGGACUAUUUCUGCUUAAUAGCACAGGUGCCAUAAAUGACUGUGUGAACUUUAUGUUCAGAAGUUUAUCAAAAAAAAUCCAGACAAAUGAAUAUGAAGAGUUUGGUGACAGAGUGAUUGUUGCACAAAUGGCAACAACUCCAACAGGUGCAGUAGCUCUACAGAAUUCAGGCUUUAUAAAGGCACUUGUAACUGAAUUGUGGGCUCUUUUGGAGUGUGGAAAAGAUGAUGUGAGGAUAACCCAACCCAAAUCCACUCCAGUUGACCCUAUUGACCGAAGCUGUCAGAAGUCUUUUCUGUCUCUGAUAAACUUGCUCACUUACCCUGCAGUUUUUGAGCUCUUGAGUAAGCAAGAUUUACCAAAUAAACCAGUGUAUUCACUCCGUGAAGUACCUACAAAUAUUGUUGAUGUCAUUGACAGGCUUAUAAUUUUGAAUUCAGAAGCUAAAAUUCAUUCCUUAUUCAGUUACGAACAAUCACAUAUCUUUGGUCUGAGGUUGUUGAAUGUGCUGUGCUGUGAGCUCAAUACCCUCUUACUCUUGGAGACUCAGUAUAAAGUGUCACAAGUUUUAUUAGCUGCUCAGGAGGAAAAUGUCACAGAAACUUCAGAAGGACCAGGAGAUUUUAUAAUUGAUGGUCUUUCAGUGGAGAGAAACCACAUUCUUGUAAGGAUCAAUCUAAUUGGAGGACCGCAGGAAAGGAUUUUGCCUUUGAGAGUACUAGAUAAGGGCAGUAAUCCAUAUCCUUGGCCAAUGUUUUCAUCAUUCCCUUUGCCAAAGUGCUAUUCUGCAGAAAUUCCUGGGAAAACUGAAUUCAGACAAGAUAAAGAUCUUGACAAGCUCUUAUCACUCUUAAAAAGUCCAGAGAAGCAAACUGGGUGGACAGAAACUUGUAGAAAGCAGUUUUGCAAAGUCAUGAAAGCCAGACCAAGUAUCAUCAGUGGAACAAUUUUGGCAGAAUUAAUUGACAAGUUUGUGAAACAUCUUUCUGAAAGUCGAUCAGAUUGUUAUUUCAGUGCCGGAGACUAUAAAG